AACAGUUCAGUUUCGACUGUCAAAAUGUCAGCGCGUCGUUAUUUCGGGAUUAUCUUGGUCUUAUAUUGUAUAAGCUUGAGUUAUAGCUACAGGCUUUUAGAAAGCGAUGAAGAUCUAAAAACAUGUCCAGCCCUAAAUAAGGAUAUAAUAUUCGAGGAACCACAUUUGAAUAAUAACCAAAGGGAACUUUACAACGUUCACAAAAUACCACGAAGACAUCACUUCAACUGGAAUAAACAUGAAAUCCAACCUGAAAACUGGCUUUUGCGGAUUAUUAGAAUAAAAACCAUUGGUCCAUCACCAAGUCCUAAAGUCCAAGAAGUAAAAGAUGAUAAGCCUAUGGAUGGAUUUGCUCAGAGGCUUUUUAAUAUUCUAAGACAGACCCUCAAUAUGGAAGAGGCCUCCUAUAAGCACAAAAACGAGCACAAGACCCUGUUCGUAUUCAAGAAAAAUCCUUUUCCGCCAGAACAACACAUAGUGAAAAGAGAACCUGUGCAAUACAAUUACAUGUGAUCUAACCCAGAUACAUAAAGCUUCCUUCAUAACUUAUUACAGAUUUUUUAAGUAAUACUUAGACAUACGCUCCCAACACCCUUAUCAAAAGUCCCAUAUAGUUAUUAAGAUCUAUUACCCCUAAUUAGGCAAAGUUUGUAAGAACACAUGUUCCCUGAAAGAUGGCAAUAAAUUAAAUCAUUUUCCACUGUA